AUGAAUACAAUAAAAUCCUACAAAUGGUAUUUAGAAAAUGGCUGCGAAAUAGUACCUUUAAAAAAGACAUAUAAUAAAGGAGAAGAUUAUUCUUUAACACUUUUAGACAUCCAAGCCGAUUUUUCUGAUUUUCUAAGUGAAGAAAAAAAUAUUUUAAGUGAUGAAAAAAUAGUAAAUCAAGGAGAAAAUAUAUUUAAUAUACAAAAAAAGCAACUUACGCAAAAGGAAAUAAGUACACCUCAAAGAGAAAAAUAUGUAUAUGAAAUUGAUCAUUUAUGGGCAUAUAUAGAAUGGCAUUAUAAUUUUGAGGAUGAAAUAAAGGUACAAAAAAACUUAGUAAGUGAUGUGAAUAAACUUAGAAAAAUUCCCAAAUUAUAUGUUUCAGCUCAUAUAAUUGAAGGAAUAAUAAAUGAAAUGCCUAAGAAUGAAAAUAUUUGUAUUUUAAAAUAUACUACAUACUCUAAUUUUUACCAGAAAUAUAGCAGUGAAUUAGAAAACUUAAAGGGGGAAAAAAAAAAAAAUAGCAUUUAUGACAUUUGUAAUUACAUAUAUGAAGUUUGUGAUAUUGCAGAUAAAUCACUCGUAUUUGCUAGUAGCCCUGUAAUUAAUACAACAAUAAAAAAUAUAUUAAGCAUAACAAAGAGUGGGAAGAAAAGAGAAGAUUUUAAUGAAGAAGAAGAAGCAGAAAAAAUUACAGAAGAUGAAAUAUGGCAAAUUUAUAUAUCUAAUAAAAUAAAAUCAAUAAAUGACCAAUGGUUAUUAGUUUCUAUUAAUGAGGAAUUAAAAAAUAUUAUAAACAAUUCUGGAGAUAUAUAUUUUAAAAUUUUUAAUAAAUAUAUAAAGGAGCAUAAUGAUUUCAUAAAAAUUCAUGAUUAUAAUAUUAUGAGAAAAAAUAAUAAUACUGUACUUAAAGGAAAAAAUAGAGAUAAUAUUUUUGAGUUAAAUAAUCAGGAUAAUAAUUUAAAUUUAAAUAAAUUAAAUAAAUAUAAAAUUAAUUUAAUUUUUUCAGAAAAUAAGGAUAUCAAUUUUAUUUUAUACAAAUUGUGUUUAAAUUUAGGAAAAAUGAAUGAUGUUGUUUUAUGUACGAAAAAUAAAACAUACAACAUUUUAUUAAAUGAUAUUGAUGGAACAUUAACAAUUUGCCUUAAAUCAUUUUUUUCUAAAUAUUAUAAAAAUAGUCCUAUAGAUAGUAAAAAUUGUUCACAACCUAUUCAAGCAUAUCAAAAUGGAAUAGACAAAAAUAAUUUUUUUUAUAAAGAAGAAGAAUUAAUAAAAACCUUAUCCAUUAUGGGAUUAUGUAAAGAAAAAAUUAUUUUAAAUCAAAAAGCAACAAUUUUUAAUAAUGUAGAAUUAUUAUUUUCUUAUUAUUUAUUAGUUCACAAUGAAACAUUAAAUAACAUUGAUGAUGAGGAUGACGAUGGUAUAAUUUACAUUAGCAGAAAAGCACUUUUUGAAAAUUUGCAAUUCUCUAAUGAAGAAAUUAGUAGUUAUUUAUUACACUUACAAAAAUACAGUAAUAACAACUUAUUAUACAUUAAAAAUAAAGGGUUUAGAUAUAUUAAAAGUGAAAUUGUUUAUGAAUUUUUAAUUAAAAUGAUAGAAUUAAUAAGUAUUAAUGAUAAUUUAUAUGAACAUCAGUAUAUAGAGAAAAAUAAAAUGAAGAAUAAUCUUUUUACGAAAUACCAAGAGGAUUUACAUAAAGUAUUAAAGAAAAAGUAUGGAAUAACAUUUUUAAAUUUAUUUAAUUUAAUAUAUGAAAAUUUAAAUGAGUUUGAAUUUUUAAAAAAAAAUAAAAUACCAAUUGAAAAAUACGUAAUAUUACAAUUAUGUUUGAAAUCUUGCGAUAUUGAAAAUAAAAAUUUUGAGUAUUUUAAUUUAUAUUAUAAUUAUUAUUUCUUUUAUGAAUAUUUAAAUAAAAAUUCAAACGAAUUAACUUUUGAAGAUAUAUUUGAAAAUUAUCUCGAUUUUUUACAUAAUGAUGAUCAUAUUGACGAUACCUUAGUAUAUUUUAAUUUAUUUAAAUUACAUAAUAUUAUAUCGUUAAAUAUUUUAAGGUCCAGUGGUAAAGUAGUUAUUCAUUCAGAUAAAUUAUUUACCUUCGAUAUGGAGAUGCUAACAUACAUUAAAUAUAUUGAUGAAAUUUUUCGAAAUUUUAGUUCGAAUUUAAUGGAUAAAAUAAUUCAAAAUUUCAUCAAAAGUUAUCAAUUUUUUUUAGAUUAUGGAUAUGAUAAAGAAAAGACAAAUACGAACAGUAUUGAUGAAAAUAAAAGUAAAAAUUUUAUACAUAACAAUGAUAUAAUAAAUGGAAAGUUAAUUAACACUGAUAAAUAUCAAAAUAGAGUGUUUUUUAGAGAUAAUAUAAUUUUAAAUGUAAAUAAUAUAAAUCACAUAUGUAAUGAUAAAUAUAUGUUUCAAUAUUUUAUCGUUGUAAAAUAUUAUUAUAAUGAAAAUAGCUUUUCUUUAUUAGAAAAAAAACUAAAAAAAUUUAUAAAAACAAUAGAGGAAAACUUUAUUAGUUCCCAAGUGAUGUUUUCUACAAGUGAUUUACAUCAAAGAUUCAAAACAGAACGCAAAAAAUUAAAAAGUAAUUACUGUUUAAAUUAUAAAAUUUUUAAAUAUCAAACAACAUCUUUUCCUCAUAUAAGACUAAAUAACAAUUACAAUGAUCUAUUAAAUUUCGUGUAUACUCCAUUAUCGAUUCAUUUUUCUAUAUUUCAUGAAAAUGUAAUUUAUAAUAAGAAACGAAAUUCUUUUCAAUUAAUUCCUUCUUUUUUACUAAAAGAUAAUUUAAGAAGUUGCUUGACAGCUUUAUUUACUUUUAAAAGUUCUUACUAUUCCAUAGAAUUUUAUCCUUUUUUAAAUCCAUUAUUGAAUAAUAAGGAUUUGAUUGGUACUAUAGCUGUUCCUCCUUUGAGACAUUGUAGAACAAAAUUAAUUGAAAAAGAAAAUGAAAAAAAUAUAGAAUUUUUAGAAACAGGAAAUAUAAUUUUUUCAAAUUUAAAUGAUGAUAUAAAAAAUUAUAAGAGCUCUAAUAAUCAUAAUAAAAAAUUUGUUGAAAAACUAUGUAAAUUGUACAAUUGCAAUUUGCCUGUCAAUAAUUUUUCUACAUGA